GUGACGCGCGGCGGGCGGGAGGCGGUCACGUGACGCGCGGCGGGCGCGCGGUGCGGCGGUUGCCAUGGCGAGAGCGGUGCUGGUGCCCCUGUGGCUGUGCUGGGCUCUGGGCUGCGCCGCGCCGCCCAACGUGGUUCUGCUGCUCAUGGACGACAUGGGUUGGGGUGAUUUGGGAGCUUUUGGAGAGCCUUCUAAGGAAACUCCUAACCUAGACCAGAUGGCUUCGGAAGGGAUGCUCUUCCUGGAUUUUUAUACUGCCAGCCCCCUCUGCUCUCCGUCGAGGGCAGCGCUGCUGACGGGUCGUCUCCCGGUCAGGAAUGGUUUUUACACGACGAAUGCACAUGCCAGAAACGCGUACACACCGCAGGAUAUAGUAGGAGGAAUUCAAGAUUCUGAAAUACUGCUUCCGGAGUUGCUGAAGAAAGCUGGCUACACCAAUAAGAUCAUUGGCAAAUGGCAUCUGGGUCACAGGCCCCAGUUCCACCCCCUGAAACAUGGUUUUGAUGAAUGGUUUGGAUCUCCAAACUGCCAUUUUGGACCAUACGAUAACAGAGCUCUCCCAAAUAUCCCUGUGUAUAGGGACUGGGAAAUGAUUGGCAGAUACUAUGAAGAUUUCAAAAUUGAUCUGAAGACGGGCGAAGCCAACUUGACUCAGAUCUACCUGCAGGAAGCUCUCGAUUUCAUUAGCAAGCAGCAAGCCAGCCAGCAGCCAUUCUUUUUGUACUGGGCAAUCGAUGCUACUCAUGCUCCUGUUUAUGCUUCCAAACAUUUCCUGGGCACUAGUCAGAGGGGACUAUAUGGGGAUGCUGUGCGGGAAAUUGACGAUAGCAUUGGAAAAAUCCUAAAGCAUCUGCAGAAGCUGGGUAUCAGCGAGAACACUUUUGUGUUUUUCACCUCUGAUAAUGGGGCUGCUCUCAUUUCAGCUCCUAAACAAGGAGGAAGCAAUGGUCGUUUUCUCUGUGGCAAACAAACUACCUUUGAGGGUGGCAUGAGAGAGCCAGCUAUUGCUUGGUGGCCUGGGCAUAUACCUGCAGGAGUUGUCAGUCGUCAGCUGGGCAGCGUGAUGGAUCUCUUCACCACCAGCCUCUCCCUGGUGGGUCUGCAGCCUCCGAGUGACAGACAGAUUGACGGCAUCGACCUUUUACCUGCCAUCUUGCAGGGCAAGCUAAUUGACAGGCCCAUAUUCUAUUAUCGUGGCAACGAGAUGAUGGCGGUGAGAGUCGGGCUUUAUAAGGCUCACUACUGGACCUGGAGCAACUCCUGGGAGGAGUACAGCAAGGGCAUUGAUUUCUGUCCUGGGCAGAAUGUCUCUGGAGUGACGACCCAUUCGCAGGAGGAGCACAGCACUUUGCCACUGCUCUUCCACCUGGGCAGGGACCCUGGAGAAAAGUACCCGUUAAGUUUUGCCAGCGAUGAAUACCAAGGAGUUAUGAGGCGGAUAUCUGCCGUGGUGCAGCAGCACAAAGAGACCAUGGUGCCAGGAGUGCCUCAGCUCAACGUGUGCGACAAGGCCGUCAUGAAUUGGUCUCCCCCAGGCUGUGAGAAGCUAGGGAAGUGCCUGAAGCCACCCAAGUCUGAUCCGAAGAAGUGCUUUUGGCCUCACUGAUCUUCUCAGCAGCCCUCAGGAGCAGCCCAAAAAGCCCUCGAACCAGCUGGACACGGAGUUUACAAUGCAUCUCUUCUCGUGUUGGCACUCCUGUUUACACAGGGAGGGUGUGAUGUAUGUGUGAUAUCAUCAUUUGCUCUUCCAAAAGGGACAGUGUUUAUAUUGCUAGUGCUCAGGGUUUAGCCUGUCCUCUUCUGUUGGUUUAGUUGUUUCCGUAAAUGGUAAAUUUUCAGUGAAGACUGUUGUAACUGUGGAAGAUCUCUGGGCAACCACAGCUCUGCCAUGAGCUCAGAAACACCACGGAUGCACCUUUCCUCUGGCUUCUUCCAGCCGACCUCUGGAGCCAUUGCUCGUGUGGAUGCCCCAGCAGCAGCCAUGGGAGACUGCUCAGGAAACGUACAGCCCUGCCCAAGCUGCCCUUGUUUUGUUUGCAUAUAACUUGUUGUUUUAACAUUUCCAUUGUGAACCCUUUGGACGCCGACUUGUUUUUGCCUGUUCUUCCUAAGCUUGCACGUACUGGGUGCAGCCGUACAGCACACCCUGCUGCUGCGCAUGCCUGCGUGCAAACAAGUGCUGCGUUCUGCUCUCAACUAAGGGUCAGCUGCAGGCAGAACGCCCUGAGUUUUUUCCUUCUGUAGCUGCAAACGUUCACCAGGUCAAGUUAUACAGAAAUCUGAAGGUAGGGCUCGUGUAAGUAUUGCCUUCUCGAUGGUGUGCAGCGUGUUCUCAGGGAGCUGGGGUUCCGUUGUUCAUCUGUGGGAUUUUCUUUAUUUCCAAAAAUCUAGGGCCAAAUAUGGUUUAAGUCGCUCUUGUAGUCUCGUGACCUGGGCCCAGCCAACUGCAGGCUCAGAAAUGCCCAUUUACAUCACACAUUAACUCUUGACCUUGUUUCCAGCGUAUGCUCUCCAAGGAAUUCUCCUUGUGCAAACUUUCCCCAGCCUGGGUGUAGCACUUCUCUAAACAGAGUUCAUGGUAAAUGCAGAUUCUUCACAUAAUUUCACGUUGUAAAUUGCUCAUCCCGUUCUGAGUCUGUUUUCCACACCCUUCACUGUUGCUAAUAAAUGUCUGUUGAACA